AUGACCCGUAGUCCAAACAUCCUCGUAACUGGCACGCCUGGCACGGGCAAGACAUCCAUGUGCCAGCAACUUGCAGAACGCUCGCAAUUCCUUACGCACGUGAACGUAGGCGAAUUGAUUAAAGAAAAGGGUCUUCACAAUGGUCGCGAUGAGGAUUUUGACUGUUUUGUGCUCGAUGAAGAUAAAGUUUGUGAUGAGAUGGAAGACAUGAUGACUGAAGGAGGCAAAGUUGUGGAUUUUCACACAUGCGACUUUUUCCCAGAGCGCUGGUUUGACUUGGUCGUGGUGUUACGUGUGGAUAAUACAACGCUUUAUGACCGUCUUCAAAAACGCGGUUACUCUGAAAAAAAGGUGGCUGAGAAUGUCGAGUGUGAGAUUAUGGAGGUGGUACUACAGGACGCACGCGAAAGCUACGCGCCCGAAAUUGUACAAGAGCUGCUGAGCCGUACAGUCGAAGACAUGGAAAGCAAUAUUGAGCGAAUACUGAUGUGGGUGCAGCAUUGGAUGAACCAGCAUACGGAUGAUUGA